AUGUCUCAAUGGGCACUGUGCAUUGUCCAGGACAAUGCUACGUCGACGAUCGCUUGGACAGUCCACCGUCCGAAGCGCGGCUGGUACAUUCGUCUCCGGACGCCCUCCUUUCCCCCCGGAGUGUCCAUACCCCUCCUCCCCCUUCCACAAACCUCUCCUUAUUUUACGGAAGCCGCACUGUCUUUCGCGUGUCGGACGAACCUCCCAUCUCCCCGCCCGCCCAUACUCACGCAACACUCCACCGACUCUGACGUGACACUCACGGACGGCACCGCUCCUCGUGAACGCGAACGGGAACCACACUCAUACCCACCUACAACCCCAACAGGCCCCGUCGUCGUAGUCAACCCGCCGUCGCCCAAGUUGGUCCAUGCCAAGCUCGACUCCGUCUCGCUCUCGCCCCCACGGAUAGCGCGCCGGAUCUCACAACCGACCGUACAGUCCGCCGUGACGCACUUUGUUGUGACUCCCCGCCCAAUCGCGCCCCCAGCCGAGCAAGGGCAGGCCUCCAUCUUCUCUCGGCUCUUUGCCGUCAUCAAGAGCAACGCCCCCGCGCACGACUACUCCUUCACGCUCGCACCUAUCCCAAUGCCCUCGCAGACGACACUAUCGUCUCCGUCUUCUCCCGCGCUAACGUCCCCGUCGUUGUCUCCGCUUGCGCAGGCAUCAGGGGCAGGAGCGUCGCUAGGGGCAGGGCCAGGGCAGACGAGCGCAAACCCACUAGCGCCUUCUAUGUUCGCCCCGAGCGCCCUACCUUUCCGGCUCUACCGAGAUGCAUAA